GCGCGGUUAAAAAAUCUAGCUAGCUUUAAAAGCCAUAAAAACCUAUGAAAGUAGGGAGAUAUAUUUGAUUAUUCAAACCUUUCAUUAUAAUGUGAGACUACUUCCAUCUUAACUGCAUGGAACUAGUUCGUCUCCUCGCAGAAACAGCCCUAAAUUACUCUGAAUAUGGAAAGGAACGUUCGCUUUAAUGAAACCGACAGAAACAUCAUAAUUAACGUUGCGUCUGGUGGUGUGUGCACACUUGACGUUAACCAUGUUGGCCGACUUAUGCCACCUCCGGCCGUUGAUGGAUCCCCUGUUCCAUCUCCUGGCUCCUGCUAACCCUAAGGUUUUCUUUUAUAUGACGGUGGAUGCCAAACCGGCUGGUAUGAUCGUGAUGGAGCUCUUCGCCGACACGACCCCGCGGACGGCAGAGAACUUCCGCGCCCUCUGUACUGGCGAGAAAUGCACGGGGAAGCUUGGCAAGCCACUCCAUUACAAAGGAUCAAUCAUCCACCAUGUCGAUCCCGGUUAUAUGAUUGCCGGAGGAGAUAUCAUUGACGGAGGGAAAGGAAACAGAGGCGAAUGUAUCUACGGCAGUAGGUUUUUCGAGGUUGAGAACUUCAUCAAGAAGCACACCGGUCCAGGUAUCCUCUCCAAGUGGAACCGUGGUCGAAACAGCACUGGAUCUCAGUUCAUGAUCCACGCAAAGGCGAAUUCGGAUCUGGACGACGAGUGUGUUGUGUUUGGCCAAGUUGUUCAAGGAAUGUAUGUGGUCACGAGCAUUAUGGCUUUGACCACGAAUACUUCCAUACCCGUUGCGGUGAUCUCCAACUGCGGUCAAAUUUCAUAGAUAUUUGUGAGGUUUUCAUCUUACGUCGUUUGAUGUGUUUAUGUUCGUAUUUAAGUUUAGAUGGGCUACGUACCAUUGAAUAACGAUAAAACAUGAAUAAGGUUGGAGUCAACAUUGUUGUCGGUUAAGUUGGAAUCAUGGUUAGUGAUUUUCGGUAGUACCCGGUUUAAAUAAGCGCCAACCAUCUGCGUGCCAAUUCAUAACGAGCUUUUUCUGGAAUUUUGCAUUGUAACUCUUGCCUAUUUCAGACCAAAACUUUCCAAUUUCAAACCAAUCAAAAGCGCACAUGCUCAGGUGUCCAUGCUGGUUUUUCUGGGAAAUCAAAUACAAACAUAAUUACAAGAUUCAGCAAAUCAACCUAACAAUAAGAUAAGAAGAGGAAGCAAACGACUUAAACAAAAGACUUAAACAAAAAAGAAAGUAUGGUUUGAUUUAUGGGAAAAUAUUUCAAUUUCUACAUAUUUAAACUCGCCACAGGCGAAACAGCGAAGAGUACCAGUUCGGGCAAGUCAAGUCUGAUCCACGGAAACAACAGUUGUGUCCGUAGGAGUAGGAUUUGUGGUUGCAGGCGGGAAGGUUGUGGUUGUUGAUCGUUGUCAUGUGGAGUUCCAAGAAAAAAUUGUCUUGUUUUGAGGUUCUACUGUAAGUGCUUGUUGAUGAGCUUCUGAGAUCGUGAGAGGGUUGAAUAAAUUCAACGUGUGUUGAAUUUGCUGUCGUAAGCCACCAAUAAAGCGAGCCACUAUUUGUCUUUCAGAAUCAUUGAUAUCAAUCCUCGUGAGCAGUAAGAAAAAUUAUGUGGCAUACUCUUACGGCUUCCUUGUCGUAAGUGUUGCAACUUUUGAAACAUAAGCUGAUCAUAGUUGUAUGGUAGGAAUGUCUUGCGGAGGUGUUUAUUCAGCUUGUCCCAUGAUGCUAUCUUUGGUUUAUUCAGACGGGUUCUGGUUGCUUUAAGCUGUGUCCACCAAGCGGCAUCUCUGGUGCGGAAACGCAUAGCUAAUACAGGAACACACUGAUCAAGGGAAACAUUUUUGAAUUCCAAAAUCUCUUAUACGGUUGCGAUCCAAUCAAGUAAUUCCUCUGCAGUUGGUCCCCCGCUGAAUUCCGAAUUUCUGUUUUAAAGCGCCAUUCCCAUCGUUCUUCGGAAGGUUGUGCAUUAUAAUCACGAGGUCAGUUGCGGCCGAGAACAGCGAACGGGUUCGCAUCUUCCUCGUCUUCAGCUAGGUCAUCGUUAUUAAGUUCUUCGACUGGAGCGGGAUUACGGUUAGCAACCAAGGCUUGCAUGGCCUGCGUGAGUUGACCGAGUUGCUCUUGCAUAUGCUCCAUAAUGUUGUGCAUUACGGUUGUGCAUUAUGAUCACGAGGUCAGUUGCGGCCGAGAACAGCGAACGGGUUCGCAUCUUCCUCGUCUUCAGCUAGGUCACCGUUAUUAAGUUCUUCGACUGGAGCGGGAUUACGGUUAGCGACCAAGGCUUGCAUGGCCUGCGUGAGUUGACCGAGUUGCUCUUGCAUAUGCUCCAUAGUGUGUUGUUAAAUUUUGGCUUGUGUUUCUUUGCGUGUGCGCGGCAUGGUUGCGGAAGGGUUUGUUUUGCUCUGAUACCAACUUUAUGGCGGGUAAGAACGAUAGUUCAGCUCAAUCUAGGGAUUUUGAUUAGAAAUCGCUAGAGACCUGCUACUUGAAGAAGAUGAAUCUAAUUGAAUCUUGUUCAAGGCUUCUCGAAAUAGAUGAAUUGAAUCAAAUCUCUCUCAAGGUAUAAAGCCAAAGCUAGUUUUAUUAAUUAUCAAAAGUCUAUCUCUAAAAGCCAAAACCAAAACACAAUAUAUAGGGAUCCAUCGUCAAAGUCACAACCAACUUAUGAUAAUCUUUCCUAUUCUAAAAAGGAAAACAAAGCAUUAAGACUUAUUGAAAAGGAAACAAAGAAAACGUGAGAAAUAAGGUAACUAAAGUUGAGGCGGUGUAGAUGUUGCUGCAUCAAUAACCUAUGUUUUUUUUCGAUAACUCAGAUACCUAGCUGGUAUGGGAUGUGGUGCCUCGUUAGGUACGUACCCCUAUCAUAUGAAAUAUCGGUCCAUUAAACUCAGAAAGCCAGCUGGCCCAGAAAUUUUGUAUAAAUUUCUACCGAUGGAUUGAACUCAGGGUGCGAUCAGAUUUGGCCGUUUCGCUCCCGAUCCUACAACCACUAGACCACAACCGCUGGGUUAUAACCUAUGGUUUCAUUUUUUGUAGUAACUAGCAAGCAUGUUUUAUAAAGUGGACACAAAUGUUUAUUGGAUUAACUUCUGAUAGGAUUGUUAUUUUGGUUUAUGGGGUAGGCUUUGAAUUAGAGAGGCAUUUUAUCUUCUUUUUUUCUUGUAACACAGAAGAAUAAAGGUGCUGCUUAGGAAAAUUGUGUUCAUAUGUCGCAAUUUCAUUUUGUUUAUGAAGAAAUAAAAUAUUUGUUACUUUGAUUUUUAAAAUGACCGUUUCCUAUCAAUGUACUUAAAUCAAUAUCAUUAUUUUAACUGUCGAUUUCGCCAGUAAAAACAACAUUUCUCUAAUACCAAUGUAACUGGUUUUGCAAUUAUAACUACUUGCUGUGGGCUAGAUACUUACCAUUAAUAUAUGCAACAACUCGAACACAAACAAAGAAAACCAGUGUAACGUCUCUAUUGCUCAAAAAAGAAGAAGAAUAACGUUCCUUUCUAGUAAACGUACAGUCAUACAUAGAGCUGUAAUAAUAUCAAAUAUAUUUUACUUUGAAACUAUUUAUUUCUAUACAUAACCUGAUAACCAGAAUUCAAAAUAUGUAAAUCUCAUCCUUGUAGAAUAAUUCUAACCGUCCAAAACCAUUUGAAUUCAUUAAAAUUGAUAGGAAACGGUAAAUCAGUGCUAUGGGAUGUAUUUUGAGAAAAUAAAGACUACCAACAGAUCAAAUUGAAGAAGAAACCAGAUCUCCCUUCCAUUAAAGCUGACCCGAAAAAUCUUAUUGCCAUGAAUGCUAAUGUAAAGAUUAUCUACUCUGAUGCUGCUUGGAAUCCUUUGUCUUGUGAUUGUGGACUACGUUGGUUCAUACAAGCUUCUACAGGUAUCAGGCAAGGUUUUGAUAGCAGAACUCAUGCUGCCUCGCCUUAAAUUGCGGAGGCGAUGGCCUUAAGUAUCAUCCAUGACAUCCGCGUGUAGAGUCGAUCCUUCACCUCUAUCAAAUUUCCUUUGGGAAAUGUACUUGCUGAUGGCUAUCCAAAUCAGCUCUCUCUUUAAUUUCUGUAUCCUUCGCUUUGGAUCUUUGAAUUAAUAAAAUCGUUUAACCAAAAAAAGAAAAAAAAAAUACAUUUUUGAAAUUUGUCUGUAUCAAAAUCAGUAAUAUGAUUUUCUUUUUACAUCAAUAUUUCAAUUUUUAAAUGACUUAUGACGAAGAAUGAAUUCAUCACUAGAAGUGAACUACUGUAAAACUGAAACUUGCUGUGAAAAAAAAACACACACAGAAACCUGAUAAAAGUAGCUAAAUGAACCAAUGAUAUUUCAUGUAAAUUCGUGCGAAUAUGUAUUAUUUCGGAUAUGUUCUUUUCAAAAAAAAAACAUUCAUUUAAAAUUAUUGAUAUAUAGUAUUUCUCUAUGAUUGAAUAUGCUUUUGUAUUUUUGAAUAACUAAUAGUACUCCCUCCGUUUCAUAUAUACAGUUAUAUAUUCUAGGGAAAAAAAUUGUUUCAAAAAAAAAUCUAUUUUUAAUGCAUGUUUUAUUAACUAAUUGUAAACUUAAAAAAAAAACUAAUUACACUUAUUGGAUUUUUAUUAGCUUAAAAUUAUGGGAAAGCGAUAAUCACAAAAAAUAUUCAAAUUUAAUAUGUUUUAUUUAAAAGUGUGAAAAUCUAAAAUAUGUAACAUUUUGAAACGAAAGAAAUAUUUUUUAUCAUCUAAAAAUUCUAUUAAAACAAGUAGUAUAUAAACUAAUAAAAACACGUUGUUUCCGGAACUAGAAGCCAAUAAAGAUCGAAAUCUUUCCGGAAAUAUAUGAUCACAAAAGAAAUCUAACCGAUAACUAGUAAAGAUAGACGACAAAGAAUAAUAAAACAAACAUAAAGUUGUACCAUAAAAUUACCGAAACGGAAGCACAGAUCGAUUUCG